UCUCCAGUUCCCAUUCUUGUAUUUUUGUUUGCACCACCGUCUCUAAACCACAUACCUGAUCCCUCCAUUACUUUGAACAACUGACCCCAAGUCACUCAGAGGUAUCCCAAAGUCUAUUACGAUCUAAAUUAUUUGUUAAAUUUCUGUUUCAUUCCCUCAGUAUCUAUACACAUGCGAUGGAGUUCCUUCAGCAGAUGCGUUCGCCUCGCCUGUCCUUCAUUCAGACAGGGUUGUCUCUCUUCCUGGGCACCAUGGCCCUCAUGUCCUCCUAUUGGUGUGUAGGAAAACAGAAGGUGCCUAAACCACUCUGCACGCCAACCAAACACAGCAACUGCAUCCCCGUUCCCGGCCUGCCCAACUCAUCAAGCAUGCAGUUCUUCUGGGAGACGGGAGAUGACCGCUUUGUCUUCCCCAGAUUCCAUACCGGCCUGUUUGUCACCUGUGAGGAGGACAUUUACUCCGAUGGUUUGGAGGAGAAGUGUCGAGGGUUUCAUACUUUGACUCCAGACUCUCAAAAAGUGAUGAUGUGGCUGUCUGUGUCCAUGGAGCUCAUGUAUAUCGGUUUGCUGUUAAUCAGCUGCACACUGCUCACUGUGCAGAUGUGUAUCAGAACUUGGUACCCAUCCACACAGCGCUGGGGCCAGAUGCUCAAUGCCUUUGCUGCCGUCUUCACAGUCCUGGGAGGACUGAUUGGGAUGGUAGCUCACAUGAUGUUCAUUGAGGUUUUCCAGACCACAAUCUCUGCUGGACCAGAUGAUUUCAAGCCUCACAGCUACGGUUACUCCUGGGCAUUCUACGUGGCCUGGUUUGGAUUCACUAUGUGCAUGUCAGCUGGUGUAUCAACUCUGAACAGCUACACUAAGAAGGUCCUGAUGGUCACACCGAGGCGGAACUCCAGCUUCAGCCCAUGCAGCUUUAACCCUGCAGGCUUCCUGCCACCGGCACCCUACUAUGCCCCUCCAAACCCAGCUAUGGGGGUGGUCUCUCCCCAAUCUUCCUACCGGGUGUCGCAUUUGUCUCCAUACUAUGAUCCCCGGUUAUCAGUACACUCCUUGCCAAAGCUUACACACUCUCAGUCCCUUCCUCUGCAUCAUUCCAACUUUGCCUCUCCUCCCCAUUCUCACCCAGCACCUGGUUCCCCUUACCACCGUCUGUCCCUCCCCAGUCCCUAUCGUUCAUCCACUGUCUCAGUCCAUUUGCCCCCCAAAAUUCAAGAGGAGAGCCUCUCCACCCAUUACCAGCCAGAAGAGGACUAUAGCCCACUUUGAGUGCAGAAUGUGUCCAUUCUGGCUCCUCCGUCUUGUGCAAAAUGAAUUCAGGUAAUAGCAGCUCUGACUAUAAUCACCUGAGUCACUGUUCAUUCAGAAACAGACGUGUGGAGGAGACCCGUCUCUCUACAAAUAUCUCAAAGACGGUUACUGCAGUUGAAUUAAUUUCAAAAACUUUAGAUAUUCAUAUUACAUUAUUUUUGCUACUUUGCAAACUUUUAAAAUUCAGUGAUAAGAAAACAUUUAUAAUAAUGCAGUUUUAUGGAUGACAACAAUGCCACAAUAAAACAAUUAAAUGGU